AUGGCGACCGUUGAAGUUUACAGAUUACUAUGGUGGCGAAAUCAAAACGUCACGACUAAGCGAGCCAGGAAAAGGGUGGAAAUACGAAGGUAAAUGGGUACCGGAUACGCAUAAUAACUACGGUGACAAAAGUGGAUGGGUUUAUUCCAUUACGGAGGUAUUCUGGGGAGAGCCUGGCACGGUGGACAUCGAGAGAAGGGCGGACCAUAAAUAUCGAAGAAGAUGCAUCAAGAGAACUCGUAAAGCGAUCGACUUCAAGUAUCAAAACUUUGAAACGUAUCAGAGUUCAUUAGGGGACACCAAGUGGGAGAUUUUUCUCGGGCGCUUCGAAGUGAAUCCCACGGUGAUCUGUACGUCGACUGAUUCACGGGCGAAACCAAAAUGGAAUACCCUCACGUUCCAGCUCGGGAAAUCCAGAGGAGCAGUGCUCGCGUGCUUUGAACUUUUCUGUCAAGACGAAUCCACGAAAAACUCCCUUCCUUUGCUGCCGACAAGGAAAUCUGUGGAUGAUCGAUUCGAAGUACCUGGUGAACUGAGACCGAAAUUCCAAAAUUUCGCUAUUCAAGUCCUUUGUUGGGGUGUUAGAAAUCUAAAAAAGUAUCAGUUCCUUUCUGUCCGAAAACCAUUCCUGGAACUUAUUAUUGGUGACAUGGACACUCGUACUGACCCCCUCCCGAACGUCGCCAAAGAUCCGAACUUUGAAACUCCGCUUAUCACGUUCCCCAUGGUUUCGCUGCCGUCAGAUCUCGAGUUCAGCCCACCGCUGGUUAUCAAUUUGUAUGACACAAGGGCAUUCAAGCGACAACCCCUAGUGGGUGUCUGUCACAUCACGAAUUUCAGCCGAUACACAAGAUUUCAAUCGAAAAAGAAGGAAGUCUCGGACAAGAACGAUUGGUCUAAAUAUGACUCGACAGUCGAUACGGAAGAUACCGAGUUGGCAUCCACGCCUGUUAUCGCUUCACUAAGUAAGGAGGGUAAACCGGCA